UUUCGUCAGCCUCUGCCUCUGUAUUGGCAAUUCUACCAAGUACCAAGUUCAAAGUUUCUACAGUUUGCAGAUAGUAAUUUGUUAUUCAGUUGAACAGUUCGACAGAUAUUAAGCAACUCUACCCUGUGAACAUUUCAAAGCUUGUAUAAUAUUGGUUCUUGCCAAAUUCAACAAACUUCUUGCGUUAACCUAAAACUUUCGACUUCUCGUUCCAGUUACUAGUAAUGUGUAAAUUUGAAUCUCCCUACUUUUUUUCUAUUUUUUUGUAGUGUACAGGCUGUUUCCCUAAUUUUAGUUAUGUUCAAUUCAAUUUUCAGCCUAAGUUUUCAGUUUUCAGUAUGCCGUGUUUUCUGAACCCCUCCCUGAGCAUGUUGAAUUGCAUGAGAGACUUAUGACAAAACUGUACCGUAGAACCCAUUUUUUGGUGUAGCCCAGAUUAUCUUCGUUUUCUGCGUAUUUUAAUUUUUUAUUUGCUUCUUUUUCUAUGUCUAUAACUCAUGUCAAGUUCCUUGAUGCUCUCUAUUAUCGGAAAGUUGGGUAUGAACGGCUGAAGACAAAUAAAAAAAUGGCAUAUGAUUCGUUAAGAGGGCGGCGAAGUUAUGCCAGCACAUUGUUUGUGGUAAAUCGGAGUGUCUUGGUCCAAAAAUUAUCUGGUAGCUCACCAGAAGAUCAAAUCGCACUUUUGCUCGGCAGUAUUGUUAAAUCGGAAGAUUUUCUUGGAAGCGAUUACACAUCAAUCAAUGUUCUCGAUCCUGUGGAUAUCAGUUCUACUGAUAGCUGGAAGUGCUCUGUGGAUGCUUUGACCCCAAUUACUGGAGCCGUGUUCCCUUACAUCAAAGCUAUUCCCUCACCUGAAGAUCGGGUCAGAAUCGCCUCUGACCCUAAGCUGUGCGCAAAAUUGGCUGGCUUGCAAAUUAAUGAUGUGGUGGAAUUUUUCUUGCCUGAUGGUCUGUUACCUCACCUAGCAGUUGUACAAAAAACUAAAGUUACCUCCACAAUUGGCCCUGGAUUGUAUUUAGAGAUUCAGUUCUUGGACCCGGAUUCCGAGCCGAAUCUUGAUCGAGAGGAUCUAUUCUUCAGGAAAUCUGAGAAUGGAAUUCUUGUCUCUGUCGAUCGUAUACGUCCUGUAUCAGUGUUGAGCAACACCAAACCUCAAGGAGAUGUACCAAGUUCCAGUUACAACUCUCUUCCAGUUGUGAACUCGCUUAAAAGGAGAAGCGGAAUAAUGUCAUCCAAGUCCAACGCCUUAUAUUCGCAGUAUGGUUCUAGUAGGAAAUCUGGUCCAUUAGUAAAUCUCAGGCAAGGAGAAAAUGUUAUAUGGAUGAAAGAUGGAAAACAACCCAUUGAUUGCAGUGUGCAGUACUUCAUACCGAAUGCUGAAAGUGCCAGUAAAGUCCAACUGAAAGUGAAAGGAGCAUUAGAUACAAGCAAGGAAAAGGGGUUUGUAACGGUCCCUAUUUCAGAAGUAUACAAGAAAGGAGACCCGAUUAUGCUUGAUAAAAACGGUAAAGAUGCAAUGGAUGGAGAGGAUUUAAGACUGAGUCGCAGUAACAGAAUUUCUUUGAAUGAAGUGAAUAGCAAGCAGCAGAAGUUCGAAAGUCCAGCUUUACGACAUUCAUUUCCAAAUUCGAAGGAUUUUGAACAUUCCAUGUUAGAUAGUGAUUUAUAUUUUCUAGAUUCAACAAAUGUCAGCACUGUGCACGCAAAGCAAGCCAAAAUAAGUUCCUUGCUGGAUAACUCUAACAAACAUUCCACAGUCGCCUACAAUAAUAAUUGUCAACCGCACUUUCCGUCCGCAAUUCUAGAUGAUGACUCUAGUGAUGAAAAUGGCAGCUGCGGAUGCUAUGACAAUGUGGCAGAUCUGUCUGACUUUGAUGCAGCCAACUCGGAAUUCUCUGUUGGUUCCCUUGUUGUAGUAGAUGUAAAAGAUAGGCAUCAUUAUGGCGUUAUUCGGUGGAUCGGGCCAGUAGGGCCUAUCAAGGGAAGGCAUAUCACAUUUGCUGGAAUUGAAAUGGAAGAAGAAGAUGAUGAAUGGUCAGAUGGCAAGAUGGGAGAUAUUCGGUAUUUUCAAUGUCCUCCAAAUCGAGGCUUCUUUUGUCCUCUUAGCGAGUGUCAAAAGGACACGCGGUUUCUUGAUGAUGUUCCCCGAUUUUCCUCAUCGUCAGAUAUCAUCAGGAGUAGAGAGUUUGGUCUGCCUGUGAUCCCUGGUAUUGUGAAGCCCAUCAACAAAGAGUCGGAUAUUGAGUCAGUCUGUGGAAAAAACAAAGGAAUCCAAGGACAUCAUAACUCGUGUUAUUUAGAUGCCACCCUUUUUGCAAUGUUCACAUUCACGAGUGUCUUUGAUAGUUUAUUGUUUCGACCUCGGACGAUUGCUGAUAUCCCUGAAUAUGAGGAAGUUCAGAGGGUACUCAAAGAAGAAGUAGUCAAUCCUUUACGAGAAAAUUUGUACGUGAGGGCGGAUAGAGUGAUGAAACUUAGAACGCUUUUGGACAAGCUAAGUUCUGUGUCUGGUCUCACUAGUGAAGAAAAAGAUCCUGAAGAAUUUUUGAAUUCUUUGCUAGCGCAGAUUCUGAAAGCUGAGCCCUUCUUAAAACUGAGUUCCGGUCAAGAAGCAUAUUACUAUCAGCUUUUUGUGGAAAAGGAUGAACAGUUGAAACUCCCAACGGUCCAACAGCUUUUUGAGCAAAGUUUUUUAACAAGUGAUAUUAAAUUAAAAGAGGUUCCUUCGUGUUUAAUCAUUCAAAUGCCGAGGUUUGGCAAGUCCUACAAAAUGUAUCCCAGGAUUCUUCCCUCCCAGUUACUGGAUGUUACUGACGUAAUUGAGAAUUCCCCAAGGCAGUGUUCUGUCUGCGGAAAAUUAGCUGAGUACGAGUGUAGCAAGUGUUUUCGACUGUGUGAGGAAGGUUUGCAAUGUACCGCCUUCUGCACAAAGUGCUGCGAAACGGCUCAUAACCAUGAAAAACGAAGGGACCAUACAUAUCGGAAGUUAAAUAUUCCAUCUGACUUGUGUAACUUGCCUGAUCACUUCCCUAUCCCUCGACUUUAUAUGGAGCUGUUUGCCGUUGUUUGCAUUGAAACAUCACAUUAUGUUGCUUUUGUUAAAGCUGGCUGUGGCAGUGAUGCGCCAUGGUGUUUUUUUGAUUCCAUGGCUGAUCGCAAAGGGGAACAAAAUGGUUACAACAUUCCGGAAAUGGUCUCGUGUCCUGAUUUACCCUAUUGGUUAUCAGAUAAAGGCUCAGAAGUACUGAAUCAUUUCAAAGACGAGCGGCACUUACCUGAGCCGGCUAAGAGACUUUUAUGUGAUGCCUACAUGUGCAUGUAUCAAAGUCGGGAGGUGAUGAUGUACAGAUAGGUUGGCUAAUUUUUCCGUUUUGUUGUCAUUUCUUGAGGCAGCAGUAAAAUUAGGUAGUUUAACUAAUCAACGUAAGAUAUAACAUUAAAAAUCAGCCUUCAGGAAGGACUAUGAGGCUCUCAAAUUCAUAUUUAUGGAUUGAACUUCUUGUUUUGGUGUUUAGAUGAAUGUAUGAAUUGCCCAGUCAUCAUUCCUAACUAGCAAAUUAAAGUGCCAUGCAUUGAGGAGAUUAGGUUUCUGAGAGGCAGUAAUGCACCAGAGGUAAAUCUCUCUUGUAAUAUUUUGUAAAUGGUGAUGCACCUGAGGAAGGGGCACUAAAGAUAAUAAAUAUAUAAAUCAAGAAAACUAAAUUUACAUAUUAAGGGAUUAAUUUCUAACCAUUUGUUGCAAGAAAAUACAAAAAAAAUUCCAAAAAUAAACUUUUCUGGAGUAUUUCAAAGUUUGAGAAUGAAGAAGGAGAUUUAGAGGAAGCACAGUUAAAGUUUUAGAACAAUUUUACCCAGCAAAUCUGGUUUCUACAUCACUAAAAAUGAAUUUUUGCGCAAGUAAUGACCUCAAUAUUAUAUAAUGAACUCAGACAUCCUUUUAUAUCAUUGUUUGUAAACAAAAGCAUAACCUUGCUACCAAGCAAGCAUUUGAUAACAGCCGCCCAGCUCAGUUGAGAUGGAGUCCUCACCUUUGCCACUUUUGACUCCCUCCAUAUUAAAUGCUUAAACAUCUUUAAAAAUGCCUAUUAAGGCCUUACAGAUUGAAUUACAUGUUCUUUUGGUGUGUAAAAAUCGAUUAGGAUCUUUAACUGAAAAUCAAUAAUUUUCAGCAAAACUGCGUUUUUUCGCUCUCUUGUGAAAUUUGACAGUUCAUGUGAAGUCCCCUCUUCCUCCGGUGUAUCAUAAUUACCAUUUCUCACAUUGAGAAAUACUGCUGCUGCUGUUGUAACUGAUCAAUGGAACUAUCAUACAUGAAAUUAAGAGUUUACUUAGCUAGUUUUCAAGUAUGAAUAAUUGGUAGUUAGGAUUUGCAGUGAAGUUUGAUGUGAGCAAGAACCAUCCACAUAGGUCAAUCAUUCUCUAGAACGAGUUUUAAAUUCUACUGCACAGUGGCAACAAAGAAUGUAAAUUUUAUGCACUUCUUUUAAGAUCAUUCUAGGAUGCAAGUCGAUUUUAUGUCAUGAAUGCUAUAAUAGGGUGGAGCAUUAGAUCCUAAACAAAUACGUGACUGACCUGUUUGGAUUGGUCCUGGAUGUAUGGACAAAAAAUUCUACCUGUUAAAGGAGAUUCACGUAUUCAAGAUUUUUUUUUUUCAUCAAAGAUAAUGUAAAAUUAUCAAAAGCUCUUUUCGGUUUGAUAAUUUAGUGUAAUUGAACACAAGCUUAAGCAUCCAGAUUGACCAGAAGAUGUAUUUUAAGUUUUCUAACUGGAGAUUGAAAAGGCCUUUGAAGUACUGCCACAGAACUUGAAAGUUGUGUGCCCUUUUAUAUGAGUCUCUUAAUACGUAGUCUGUCCUCUUAUUCAAAAUUUAAGUCAAAGCUCUUUAAAAUUCGCUGUUUAUUACUCUCCUCUGUGUAGAAUGUGAUGUCAAGACCACUUACAUCAAGAAACACGAAUUAUUGCUUUUUUGCACUUUUUGCAUAUAAGAAGAAAAUACUGUGAAUUAUUUUCCCCUUUCUUGACAAAAAUAACUACAUAUUUUGAUCGGCAUUUUGUAGAUUUCGUAGAUUAUUGCAUCUAGUUUUUGACUGCUGCUAUUGUUCUUUAGUUUUAAGGAAAAAUGGUCCAGAUUUUUAUAUUUUUACUUUAUUCAUAGGAGGUUUUUGACAUUGAACCAAAUCCACCUUAUCUUUUUUGUUUUGCUGUUAAAAUUUAUGCUGAGAGGUUAUUUUGGCAUUAUUACUUCUGUAGGGUUUCUAUCUUUGUCAAAACGUUUACUCAAUCUAUCUUUAAAAUUGGUUUCCAUUUUUGUUCGUCCUCAUAAAAAGUCAUUUUUCUAGCAAGUCUACAGCAAGCCUUAAUCACUGCGUAGUCUCCUCUUCCUCAUGGUGAAACUAAGAAUUUCUCACUUUGGAAACUGAUAGGUACCUACUAUUCUGUAAUAGUGAAGCCUCAUUUUCACCUGUGAAAGGCAAGGGUUAUUUAUGAUGUGACACAUCUGUUUGAAAGGGUUUAAUGAGCUGAAGUCAUAUAAAAUAAAUGUUGUACUUUUAAAAUAAAAAUGGCAUUAUGAAAUUUUCUUAAUUACAGAAUACCUAUCUACAUGAAUUGCACACAUUGCCACAUUUGCCCCUUUGUAAGGUGAGCAAGCAAUAACAAAGGUCUGGGAAACUCAGCAAGAUGACUUUCUUUUAGAUGGCUAAGUCCGAGAAUAGUUAAUUGGACAUGUUUAUGCUAAAAAGAACUAUGUCGCAUGUAAACCCUAUGAUGUUCCUUUUAGCUAGCCCCUCCCUAGUUCCUUUUAGCAUGAAUACAUCCAAUUAUUCUUUGAAAAGCUGAGAAUGUCGUGAAAAUAAUUACCUUGCAAGACUUCUACAUCUGUCUUGAUUUGAAGGGGGAAGACAUACCAAAAAGAUAUAACAAUGUUGGCUAUAAUAAUGGAUAUAAACAAUGUCAAAAUAAUGCGACAUUGUAAGCAAUUACCUAGUUGCGUCCUCAGGUGCUCUUAUGUUUCCUGAUUAGGUGGAUUUUCUUGCUACUAAAGUUGAGAAUAUCAUUUCCCUAUUUUUGGGGCUGUUUUGAUGUACUUAAAUCUUGAGAAAUAAAAUAGAUGUUCAUCGGAGUGAAAAAUUUUGCAUUUAGAUAACUGCAAUGCUUGAGUUAAGGUGUUACGCUUUUGUGAAUGAGAUGCAAUAUGCCUUUGAUUUUCAGUCCUGAAGGAAAAGUAGCCCAAUAUUUUGUUGAUCAAUUUCUGAAAUCCCUAAACAUCACAGCUUUUCCCUAGGUUUCAUUAGCCAUGAAACUGUCUAAGGGAGUAGUUCUUUGGAAUAAGUUGUUCCUAGCUGGGAACAGCACCAUAUCUGUUAGCCUUAAUGGUAAUUAAUGUACUAUACAGGGUGAUCCAAAAGUCCCACACCUCCCCUGUAACCUGCAAGUUCUUGCCCCUUUUAAGAGUGGUCUCUUUACAAUUUUGGGGGUUUCCAAAAGUCGUUUCCUUUGACCUAAGAGCACUCACAAAAUUUCAGGUCUCUAUCUCAAUUUGAUCAAAAGGUGCAGGGGUGAUACUUGGUGCUGCUGGCACCGAACUUUUGAAUCACCCUGUGUGCAGUAUUUUAAUACUCAUAUAAAGAUGGUCCACUGUCUUUUUAGAAAAAAAUUGCUCUUUGUCUCGUGCUGGUGCCCUAAUAUGUAAUAAUGUUGCUGUUUUGUGAUAUUACUUUUUUACUUGUCAAAUAUUUAUAAGAUGCAUGGUAGCGGUUCUCUAAUAUGAGUACUAUUUAUUUUUCAAUGUAAGUUCAUUAUAAAUGCUGCAUAUAAAUGCACAGUUAUUAAUCAAAUGUCCAGUUGUGUUAUUGGCCUUUGGACUUGCCACAUUGUAAGCAAUUUGGAUUGAAUGCAAGGUUCAACUUCCAUCUAAGACACUGUCAAUUUUCAGAGUUUUCAAAAUGGACCUUGAGAAAUAUUUUUCCUGUUAUUUUUUUGUCUUGUUAAAAGUUUGAGAGUUCCCUUAGAAUUCAGAUUCUUCGUGUAUGAUAAUUGUUGAAAGAUGGUUAUGUUUUUAUGAAUUCCUAAUUAAUUUGUACGAAGGUAUUAAAAAUAAUUUAUUUCACCCUCUUAUCUCAAAUACAGUAUUACGUAGUUCUUGUUGAAA